ACAACAACAAAUCACCACCUUCACAACUUCAUUUCUCCCCUGUAAUUGUUACCUCCCCUGCAUCUCCUCACUCUGUUUUUUUGCAUCUUCUUCCUCUGUUUCCCACCAAUGAUUACAUCAAAGAGGGUCCACAGAUUCUUCAAGUUCCGUGCCUUAGUGCUUUCUCUUAUCUAUGCCAACCAUUCUUUGUGCCUUGUGAAUGCCCAAAACUGACCCUGUCCCAAACUCUUACCUGCCACAAAUCCCCUGCUAAUACCCUGAAUCAAAAAGGGGUACUUUGACACGAACCUGUCACUUUCCUUGUUAAAUAGUAUCUGCUUAUUCUCCCAUCCAAUCACACCGUGCACCACUUUCUCUCUCUCCCCUUUGUAACUUUCGUUUUCAAAUAGAACAAGAAACGAGAAAAACAAAAUCAAAUGGUUGCUAAGGACUAUAACCACUUAACAUGUACGGUUGUGAGCAUGGGAAAAAUGAUGCAGAGCAUUGACUAUUCUAGACUUUUCUGGCUAUUUUUUGGGAUCUUCUCUCACGUAAAUCAUGAAGGAAAGCCUAGGAUAUAGGAUAAUACCAUAUUGAAAUUUUGUUCUGCUUUCAUUUUUUUCCCUUCUUGUUCUUCUCUGCAGUCUGCACAAUUAAGUUGCAGCGUAAAAAAAUUAUAGUGUUUCAAUAAAUAUAAGAGGUGGUUGCGAAGUUGGUGCAUAUAAAUACGAAUCAAACAUGGGAGAAAAUUGUUAUGUGGAAACCGACCCAACUGGUCGGUAUGGCAGGUUUGGAGAUGUUCUUGGAAAAGGGGCAAUGAAGACAGUGUACAAAGCAAUCGAUGAGGUGCUUGGAAUUGAGGUAGCAUGGAACCAGGUCAGACUCAACGAGGCGCUUCGCACGCCGGACGAUUUGCAGCGGCUUUACUCAGAGGUUCAUCUCCUCAGUACCCUCAAGCAUCAGUCCAUCAUAAGAUUCUACACUUCUUGGAUUGAUAUUGAUAACAGGGCCUUCAACUUUAUCACAGAAUUGUUCACAUCUGGGUCACUGAGAGAAUACAGGAAGAAUUAUAAACGUGUCAACAUACAAGCUAUAAAGAAUUGGGCUUGCCAAAUCUUGCAAGGUCUUGUUUAUCUACAUUGCCAUGAUCCACCAGUGAUCCAUAGGGACCUCAAAUGUGAUAACAUAUUUGUCAAUGGUCAUCUUGGACAAGUAAAAAUUGGUGAUCUGGGACUGGCUGCAAUUCUUCGCGGUUCCCAAUUAGCACAUAGUGUUAUAGGCACUCCUGAGUUCAUGGCACCAGAAUUGUAUGAGGAAGAAUACAAUGAACUUGCUGAUGUAUAUUCAUUUGGCAUGUGUGUUCUGGAAAUGCUCACAUCUGAAUAUCCAUAUAGUGAAUGUUCUAAUCCAGCACAAAUCUACAAGAAAGUGACAUCGGGAAAACUACCAAUGGCUUUUUUCCGGAUUGAAGACAUGGAAGCACAAAGAUUUAUUGGAAGAUGCUUGGUACCUGCAGAAAAGAGACCAUCAGCAAAAGAAUUGUUGCUUGACCCUUUUCUUGUGUCUGAUGAUCCAUCAUCAACAAAGAAAUUUGCAAUUCAGAAACCAUUUUUGAAUGUCAAUGAGAUGGAGAAACUGCAAUUAAGUGAUGAUCUUCCUAGGACUGGAAUGAAAGUGAUAGGGAAGCUGAACCCAGAAGAUGACACUAUCUUUCUCAAAGUGCAAAUUUCUGAUAAGGAUGGUUCUGCUAGAAAUGUAUUUUUUCCCUUUGACAUAUUAUCUGACACACCUAUUGAUGUUGCAACCGAGAUGGUGAAAGAGUUGGAGAUUGCAGAUUGGGAGCCUUUUGAGAUUGCAAAUAUGAUUGACAGAGAGAUAUCUGCUCUGCUACCUCACAGAAGGCAAAGUAGUUGUUCAGAUGCCUUCCACACAUUCAAUUAUCUGGAUGAUGAUUGUGAUGAUGAUGAACCUCAUCAUCAUUUCCGCUCGUUCUCUUCUAGUUCAUCGUUCCAAGAAUCAAUGUCAGAUUUAGUCAGCAAAGCUGAGGAAAUAUCAAGUGGAUAUUAUUGGCUCCAUGAUGAUUUGCAUGAUGAUACCAGUUCACGAUGCUCUUCACAAGGGACAUAUUCCAACUUGAAUUACUAUUCUCUGGAUGAUCAUCAUCAAGAGUACAACGUGCCAUCUUUGAGAAAAGAUAAACUUCCCAUCACAAAGAGUCACAACAAGGGCAAAAAGGUUUCCUCAGGCGAAGACUUGAGCAAUUUCAACCAAUAUAAACUCAUGGUAGGAUCACAGGUUCCUCUCACUAGUAAAAGCAAGAUGAUGAUGAACAAUCAUCAUAGAUUAACAAGGAACAGGUCAUUGAUUGAUAUAAGGAGCCAACUAUUGCACCGUUCACUGGUUGAAGAGGUGAACAAAAGAAGGUUAUUCAAGACAGUUGGUGCUGUGGAGAAUAUUGGAUUUCAGGCACCUUGUGAUGUUUCCACAAAAAGGUCACAGCAUGUAUGUGUUGCUCCAAAUGAGAACUCUCCAAGGAGUGGCAAGGGAGGAAAAAUUAAGAGAUGAUUUUUUUGAGAAAUGAGUGUCUCUUAAACAUUGAAAAAUAAUAGAUGUGAUGCAUGCAUAGCCUUCUGUGUUAUAUUUGGCCACUAAGAUAGGAAAAUAUACACUGUUUGGGAGUUAGGUUCAGAUGAAUGUGAUUAUGUGUAUAGAUUAUGGAGUGUGCUGAACAAAAAAUGAUUUUAGGCGAUGGAGAACUUUUCCCAAGAUGCUGGACCAACAAGCUCUACUAUUUCUGUAGAUGCAUGGAAAUGAAAGGAGAUGCAGCUGGUCGACAAGCUAGGAUUAAGAUUCACUAUGCCAGUGGUUUGUUUUACUAGUUGCUUUCUCAUUUUUGGAACAUACACUGAUUUGUAUGUUGUUAAAGAUGAUUGUAUGUGAGCCCUUUGCUUUUGCUAUCAGUUAUAAAAUUCAAAGAGCCAUGUGGCAAAACUUUUUUCUAACAGAGGUCAUGUGUGUAUACGUAGUUUGUUUGUGGCAUUGUUAUUGUGACAUGAACUUUGUCCAUAGCAAUCAAUUUAGAAGUUUUAGAUGUGAUUGUUGAUA